AUAAAUGCAAAAUUUUGACUAAAUAAUUGAUUGGCUUAAAAACUCGCAACUCGAACACAAUUACAAAAACAUUUCGAAUGAAUUGAAAACCAAUAAUGAUAUGCAUAGGAGUUGGCCACAAAACUCUCGAGAAGCUUCGAUAUGAAGGAGGAGGGAGGCACACUGCUGGGCGACAAAGGUGUACGCAGGCAUCAGUCCAUGCAACGCCUUUCGGCCGAGCAAAAUGGUUCAACGACUGAACAAACACAUGAACACAAUCCAAACGUCGUACCUGAUCAUAGAGGCAACUUACACAUUACUGUUAAGAAAACUAAACCAAUUUUAGGUAUUGCUAUCGAAGGUGGUGCUAACACAAAACAUCCGCUUCCAAGGAUAAUCAAUAUCCAUGAAAACGGUGCAGCAUACGAGGCGGGAGGCCUCGAAGUCGGGCAACUCAUACUGGAGGUGGACGGCAACAAGGUCGAGGGUCUGCAUCAUCAGGAGGUUGCCCGACUGAUAGCCGAAUGUUUUUCGAAUCGCGAAAAGGCCGACAUAACCUUCUUAGUUGUCGAAGCGAAAAAGUCGAAUCUGGAACCGAAACCAACAGCGCUUAUAUUCUUAGAAGCCUAACAUUUGCUUGCCCUGCCGGCUAAU